ACCGAAGGCCAAAAAUAUUAUCCCGUGCCAUGGUCCGUUAUGUGUGUAAUCUCUCUCGGAGAGGGCUGUGAUGGUUGAUAAGCGUUGCCCUAGCGGUGCUUAUCAUGCGUUGGUCAUUCUCUCGUGAGCCUUGAUGCCGAGAGGACCGGUACGCUGAAAGAGGGUUGGCUAUCACAGUCACUCUCAGUGUUAAUAAAAAAACGACACCUAAAAUUCAGAAGUGGGAUACAACCAAAAUUGUAUCCAUAGAAGUGAGUAUAAAAAAAAUCCAAGUGCGUAGCUGUGAAAAAGUGAAAAAAAAUGCAAAGUCGUCGUGGCGGCAUGUGGAAAAAAGAAAGUGCGCCACAUGGAUGGCACUUGGAGGACGUCAAGGAGGUGCUGCUGGGAGUCCCUAACGGAACAUGAAAUGGGACUACGCUUGGGCAUAGUGUGGGCAGAAAAAGGAGGAACAACGUGCUCAUGGAUGUCCCAAAUGGGGGUCUUGAGGGUGAUCGUCAACAGUUUCCAGCUGAAGUGUAUCGUGCAGUGGCUUGUGAUGUCGCGUGCAUCGACAAAUGCACCCACCAAUUGGAGCGGUUUUUAGUGCCAAGGAGGAGCACAUCAGGGGACUAAAAACUUUGCCCAUAGAUCGGACGUCACGGGAAAAAAAUCUCACACCAAAAGUGAGAAAAUUGAGAAGAAAAAGCUGCGCAAGAAGGCAGAAAGGCAGCGAAGUGGCUCGAGGAAGUGGAGGAGAAAAUUCAAGGGGAUUCAGUGGAUGAGAAGGAGGCACGAAAAGCCUUCGAUGGAUCCCAUGAUCUCCGGUGAUUGCAUGUUGAGCAUGAUGCCAGAGAAUUCACCGAAGGGAAAUCAAUGAUCCUCACGCUAAAGGAUCAAGACGUGUUCAAUGAGCACGGGGAUGCUCUCGUGAAGGUCAAUCUCACGGACACAGAGAAAGUGCCUACAUGAGAGUCAGGAGUUUCCCGCUGCAGAUCGGGAGGGCCGAAGGCAGUGGCAGGAUGAUGGAAUGGUCGGCGAUUCCAUCUUGGGCAUCUUGGGCGGCAUGCUAAUCUCAGGAGGAGAGGAUCAGCAUGGAACUGGACGAGUGGGAAAUAAAACUCGGUGAGUUUGUUCCAUGUUUUUAAUUAUUUCUGUAGGUUAAUGGCCACAUUAAUUGAGGAAAUGGCCAAAGAAGAACGGAAAUAAUUGAAGAGUAGCUAUAAUGCAUUAGUGUGGACCCUAAUGCAAUCUGCUAGUGUGGACCCUAGUGGAUGUUGGCCAAUACAUUAGUGUGGACCCUAAUGUGAUCUGCUAGUGUGGACCCUAGUGGAUAAUGGCCAAAGCAUUGGUGAGAGUCCAAUGCAAUCUACUAGUGUGGACCCUAGUAGAUGGUGGACUAAUUGGUCAGUACAUUGGUCGGAGAUCCAAUGUGAACUACUAGUGUGGACCCUAGUAGAUUAUAAGGUUGACCAAUACAUUAGUGUGGACCCUAAUGUGAUAUGCUAGUGAGGACCCUAGUAUGCGAAGGAACGUAAAGAAAUUAGUGAGGACCCUAAUUUGAAUUACCCUACAUGCCACCCUACAUAGACCUAAGGCGUUGCCAAGGGACGGCAACAGUGUCAGGGCUGGCCGAAUUGUAGGCAUUGAGACCGAAGGCCAAAAAUAUUAUCCCGUGCCAUGGUCCGUUAUGUGUGUAAUCUCUCUCGGAGAGGGCUGUGAUGGUUGAUAAGCGUUGCCCUAGCGGUGCUUAUCAUGCGUUGGUCAUUCUCUCGUGAGCCUUGAUGCCGAGAGGACCGGUACGCUGAAAGAGGGUUGGCUAUCACAGUCACUCUCAGUGUUAAUAAAAAAACGACACCUAAACGUUAAAGAGAGAGAACCUCCACGUAAUUUUCAUUCACGUGUAGGCGAUGUUUCUCUCUUUUUAAACUGCCUUGCAUGAGAGUAGAACCAAAGUAUGAUCGGCCGACGACACUACUAUUCAAUUUAAAUGCUAAUUUAUGAGGGAAUAAAUAAGUGAUAUUUUAUCUGAACGUUUUUGCACAGGAUUUUCCAGAGAUUUUCGCAAACAUUUUUUUGACUGCUCUCAGAAUUUAAGAAAUUUUCUUAUUACACUUUAGAAUUUAAUGUGUGAUAAAAUAAAUUGUCAUUUAUACCUCAAAUUAUGCUCAAAGCUUUACAUAAACAUAUGAAAUCACUAGACCAUAGCGUUUGUAUGAAAACUAAAUAAAAAAAACAAAAUAAAGAUAAUUAUCAUAAAAAUGAAAACAUGACCUUAAAAUUUUCCUAAGGAAAUUUAUUAUAUAAAAAAACUAUUUAGGUAAUUCAUGACGUUCCACGUGAAUAACUAUUCACUUCCAGAAGUUAUAUUUUAUUUUAUUACAAGUGCAUUAGUUUUAUGGUGUCUAUACGUGGGUGAAGAUCGUGCAAAAUAUGGGUGCAAAUAUUGGGAAAAAUUCUGAUCUUAUGCACGGACUUCCUCCCUGGUCUGAUCUGCAGUUUAAAAUUAACGGAAAAAAGUUUUGUGGUAAACUUUGAACUUACGUUACGUUACGUUAAAUGGGGCUAGGAAACUUUGAACUUACAGAAGAACUUUAAAUAUUUGGAAGUUAAUUUUUCUUUGUUGUGUUAUAGUUCGUCCUGGAACUGUGCCCUAUGACACCUCCCUAAAUUUCUUCAUUCGCACCCAUGCUGGACUCACUGGAACGAAAUUUAUGUGCAGAGAAGGAGGUUGUGGGUGCUGCACUGUUCUCUUGAGGCGUCCAAAUCCAACUACAAGAAAAGAAUGGGUAGGAGCAGUAAACUCCUGUCUUGUUUCAAUUUAUUCCUGCCACGGAUUUGAAGUGGUUACGGUUGAAGGUGUUGGAGGGCGUGAAAAAGGGUAUCACGGUGUUCAAACGCGUUUGGCGAAAAUGAAUGGAUCUCAGUGCGGCUACUGUUCUCCGGGCAUGGUAAUGAGUAUGGUAGGCCUAAUGGAGCAAAGAAAAGGCAAAGUAGCAAUGGAGGAUGUGGAAAAGAAUUUUGGCGGGAAUAUCUGUCGCUGUACAGGAUACCGUCCGAUCCUUGAUGCUUUUAAAUCAUUGGCUGAAGACUCUGAACGCACUCUAGCUGUCCCAUGUCCUGAUAUUGAAGAACUACCAAUCAAAUGCAUAUUCGUUAAGGAACUCUAUGGCCAAGUUCAGCCAGAUUUUGUUCACUUCUACUUGGACAGCUAUCGUGAAUGGUUCCGUGUAAGAAAUCUUGAUGACAUCAUGAAAAUUCUAGGACGAUUCUACAAUCGUCCUUAUAUGCUUGUUGGAGGAAAUACCGGUCAUGGAGUCUACAGACGAAGGGAAGAGCUUGAGCUUUUCGUUGAUAUCAGCAACGUUGAGGAAUUAAAGAUAACGACAAUUGCCAGCACUUUGGAAGUAGGAGCUGCUGUUACAAUUGCAGAUUUCAUUGGAAUCCUCAAUGAAGCAUCAAAGACAAGAAAGGAUUUUUCAUACUGUCGUCAAAUGGCGAAUCAUUUGGAAUUAGUAGCUCAUCCAGCAGUUAGAAAUGUUGGUACAAUUGGAGGGAAUUUAAUGUUGAAGCAUGAACAUCUUGAAUUCCCUUCGGAUAUAUUUCUUCUACUUGAAACUGUUGGAGCCUUUCUUACGAUCGUUGAUGGCAAUGGAAUGCAUCGGGUUGUAUUUGUUGAGGACUUCUUGUACAAAUCAAUGCGUCAUCAGCUUAUCCUGAAGAUUACUCUUCCACCUCUAGAUCCUGAGAAAUAUCGCUUCCUUUCUUAUAAAAUUAUGCCACGAGCUGAAAAUGCCCACGCCAUUGUCAACGCGGGAUUCCUAUUUAAAUUCAACGCAGAAAAGACAAUCACCUACUCAGCUAGAAUAUGCUACGGUGGGAUUAAUCCGAGAUUCAUUCAUGCUACGAAAACAGAAAAUCUUUUAGCCACAAAGAAUCUCUUCACCAAUGAAACCAUCAUGUCGUUGAUGACAUCCCUCAAUGAAGAACUCAAAAUGGAUUACAAUCUGCCAGACUUUACGCCACGAUACCGAAAGAUCUUGGCCAUGGGCCUUCUCUACAGAGCCAUUAUAAAUUUGGCGCCACCAGGAAAGGUUCAGGAUCGUCUUAAGAGUGGCGCUGAACCACUAUUUCGAAGUCUUUCUUCAGGGAAGCAGUGGGUAACUGCCCCGGAGAAUGCUUUGCCUAAAAUUGAUGCUCUUCUUCAAUGUAGUGGGGAAGCUAUGUACAUAAAUGAUAUGCCCUUCAUGCGAGGAGAAGUUUGGGGAGCUUUCGUUCCUGCGACAGAAAUUUCUGCUCAUAUUCUCGAUAUUGAUGUUACUGAAGCUCUUAAGAUACCCGGUGUAGUGGCUUUCUUCUGCGCUAAGGAUAUUCCUGGAGUAAAUUCCUACAUAACUCAAUUUUUUAUAGAAGGACUUGAUUUUAUUGAGCAUGAAGAAGUUUUCUGCAAUGGAAGGGUCCUUUAUCAUAGUCAACCUGUUGGGAUCAUUGUGGCAGAAACAUUGGACUUAGCCAAGAAGGCGGCAAAAAUCGUAAAAAUUACGUAUACACUAUCAACUCAGAAGAGACCGUUGUUAUCAGUUAAGGAUGUUGUUGAAAGUGGAAAUGAGGAAAGAGUUUUUCCUUUUGAGACACGCCUUGAGGCACAAAAUGAAGGAAAUGAAGGAAAUGAUACAGCAACGACAAUAUCGGGAGAUCUUAAAUUUUCCGAUCCAUACCAUUUUCAUCUGGAGCCUCAAACAACGAUCUGCAUACCUACCGAGUCAGGAAUGGAAGUUCAUUGUGGAACACACUACCUUCACCUUAUUCACAUGGGGGUUACUCAGGUGUUAAAUAUCCCUGAGAAUUCAAUUGAUAUGAAGCUUAAGCGAAUUGGUGGAAGUUUUGGGGCUAAGAUAUCAAAGUCAGGGCACGUUGCUUGUGCUGCUGCUGUUGCUUGCCACCACCUUCGUAGACCUGUGAGAUUUGUAUUGUCGAUUGAAGAGAACAUGAUGGUAAUUGGAAAGAGAUUUCCUUCAUUAGCUUCCUAUAAGGUUGAAGUGAAUAAUGAAGGGAAGAUUGAAAAGUUACAGAUUACCCAAAUAAUUAACAUGGGCGUUUCGAGGAAUGAAUUUACGAAUCGGCAGACAAUUAUAAAUUACAUGACUGGAUUGUAUGAUAGUUCGACAUGGUCUAUAGAUUUCAAAGGCGCUAUCACUGACUUACACCCACACACCUGGUUUCGAGCUCCAGCACGCGUUGAGGCUCAAGCAAUUAUCGAAAGCAUAAUGGAGCACAUCGCAAAGGAAUUGCAUUUGGAUCCUCUUGACGUCCGUUUAGCCAAUAUGAAAGAAGAUUCUCCCAUGAGGACAAUUCUCACACAAUUUCUCUAUCAAUGCGACUUUGAGGAACGUCGAAAGCGUAUAGAUGCUUUCAAUACAGCCAAUCGAUGGAGGAAGCGUGGGAUUGCCUUUGUCCCAAUGAAUUAUCCCAUUGAAACACGUUCACGCUACGGAGUCCUUGUGACGGUUUACGCAAUUGAUGGAAGCGUAAGUGUCUGCCAUGGAGGAAUAGAAAUGGGCCAGGGGAUUGACACCAAAAUAAUCCAAAUUACGGCCAAGAUGUUUGGAAUACCAAUAAACUGGGUAAAUGUUAAACCAGCAAACAAUCUUGUGAAUGCCAACGUUUCACCAACUGUUGGAUCUCAGACUAUGGAUGCUGUAGGACGGCUUGUCAUUGAAGCCUGCAACAUAAUCUUGGAACGCAUAAAGCCUGUUAGAGAUGAGAUACCAACCGCCACAUGGGCUGAGCUCGUACAGGCUACGUUUGAAAGAAAUAUUUCCUUAGUUUCAUUAGUUACUGAUAUGGAUAAGGAAUCAAUUCAGUACAAUGUCUGGGGAGCUGCUUGUGCUGAAAUUGAAAUUGAUGUCCUUACUGGAGAUUUUCUCCUACAAAGAGUAGAUAUUGCUGAAGAUGUUGGAGAGAGUCUCAAUCCCAAUAUCGAUGUGGGCCAAAUUGAGGGAGCUUUCGUGAUGGGACUCGGCUACUGGCUACAAGAGAAAAUCAUUCGAAAUCCUGAAACUGGGGAAAUCCUAACAAAUCGAACCUGGAACUACAAGCCUCCUGUAGCAAGGGACAUCCCUGUGGACUUCCGAGUAUCUUUCCUAAAAGGACAAAAUCUCCCUGCUGGAAUUAUUGGAGCUAAAGCAACCGGAGAGCCUGCAAUUUGUAUGUCCAUUGUGGCAGUUUUUGCUCUGAGAAAUGCAUUAGAAUCUGCAAGAAAGGAUGCAGGAUUGCCGUUUACCUUUAUUGAAUUGCAUGCACCAACAACAAAGGAGGAUAUCCUUCUUCUAUCAGGGACCCAAAUUACUCAGUUUCAACUUUCAAUUUAAAUGUAUAAGAACUUUUUCUUAUGUAAAGACUAUGUCAUGGUUAAAGUUUUCUCUUCUUUCAAAUAAUAAAUAUUUUGAACAAAAUAACUUCUUUUUUUUUCAAAAUAAAUAUAACAAACUAUAUGUGGGA